AGUUCACCCGAGUUGUCCAAUCCGGAUGAUACGGAGAGCUCGGUUGGUCCAUGUGAACGCGACGGCCAUCGUCACGUUUCGUUUCGUGUCGGUUUCUUCGAUCCGCUUCGAUCUUCGUGAUCUUUGGCUGCGAGGUUGCGGCAUGUUGUGUACCGCUGGCGUUUCUGACGACUGUUGACUGUGUUUAUUUUAACACCGUUUGCCGUACGAUCGAGAGACUUCUCCGAGCUAAGGUGAUUUGAGACGAAUCAUGGAAUCAGAAUCCAGGCGCAAGGGUCCUAGGAGCCCCAGCGCUGAUUCGGAUGAUUCCUCACAUGCUAGAAGAAGAAGAAAAUAUGAUAGGUCACCAUCUCCAAGACGUAGCAGAUAUCGCAGAUCACGUUCCAGAGAUAGAAGAUCUCGUUCAAGUUCCAGAGAUAGAAGGCGAAAAGAUCCUAGACUGCAAGAUUGGAAACAGCAAGCACCUCCAUCUCAGCCACAAAGUUCUGUGCCUAAUCCAAAUAAUUCUACUAGUUAUGUAUCAGCAGUACACAAUCAAUAUCAGGCACCUCCACCAAACACAAGCCAGCCACCACCACCUAUUUCUGCCUACAAUCAAGGAUAUAACAAUUAUGGUUACAACUAUGGUCCAGGAUACGACUACAGUUAUCAACAACCUGCCGGCUAUCGAAGUGAUUAUCCACCACCCAACUGGCAAGGAAGUCAAGUGCCGUAUAACAAUCAGCAAGCGCCGCCACCUCCUUCAUUGACACCACAACAAGAAUCAUCGAGGCCGAUUGACAGCGGUUCUUCUGGUUUAGUGACAUCCUUAGCAAGACCUGAGGAUGUCAAGAAAGAAGCAAUUGCAGCUGAGGUAAAACAGCAGAAAGCAACAUUGGCCAAACAACGAGAGGAAUAUGUUAAGAAAUCUGCCACGUUGCAACGCGAAUUGGAAAUUCUGCGUCAGCAGUGUGACGAGAUAGGCAAGGAAGGUGGCCGUGAAAAUAAUCGAAUUUUAAAAGAAAACCAAAAAUUACAGAUUGAAAUACAGAAUAAAAUGAAAUCUAUUCAUAAUGUCAUCGAUAUGCUCACUGGUAUCAUGGGUGACAAAGUAACAGUGGAUGAUCUAAAGAGCAAGUUUAAAUUAGAAUUGAGUAAACGUUCGAGAAGUCCAAAGGAAGAUUUUCCGAAAGGGAAGUCUCCUUCGCCAGAUAGAUCGUCGGCUUCCGAUUCAGAUAAGGAAUCCAAAGCAGAUAGAGAUGUUAGGGAAAGAAGAUCAUCGGAGGAUAAGCCAAUGUAUAAUUUCGUUCACUACGAUCCUGAAAUGCAUUGGUGUAAAGUCUGCGAUAUCUUUCCUAAAACAGCAAAGGAAUAUUUAAAUCAUCUACAUAGCAAUGAACACAAAGAGGCUUGUUUAGAACGCAAGAUUGUUGACAUGCCAUGGCAUGAGCGAAAUAGCGAAGGGACAGAAAAAGAAGUACCCUAUUAUUCUGGACUGCCAACGAAAAGAACACCUAUUAAAGGUCUACAGUUCUUCAGUGCAGCAACAGCUUGGUAUUGCAAACUAUGUGAUGCUUGGAUAGGGGAUCUUCACUGUGCCAGUGUGCAUUUGAAAUCGAAAUGUCAUUCCGAAAAUUUUUCCCGUUUCGUGGAGCAAAAUCCGCAUUGGGAAACUGAUUGGAUGGCCGAUAGAGAAAAGGCAUUUUCCGAAGAAAAGCACAAACAAAUACAACUAGAAUUGCAAAAGCAGAAGGAUGAUGAUCCACCAAUAAAAUCGAAAAAAUCAAAGAAGAAUAAGAAAAAAUCGAAAAAAGCUAAGAAACGCAGAAAUAGAAGUAGCGCUAGUGAUUCAUCAAGCGAGUCGGAAAAUUCUGAUACAGAGUCUGAUCAGGAUACUACCAAGAGCAUACGUGUGGCAAUGCGAAACAAGAUGAAAGCAUCAACACAGGCGAUUCUAAAUGAAGAGAUAGAUUAUCAGCGUAUAAAACUAAAGGGACAUAACUGGUCGAAGGCGCCACCGCAGAUUAAUCAAUCACCGCUACCCGAGCAACAUCCAUCGGAGUCAGACGACAAACAGCUUUUAAAUUCUAUCAGGGACAAACUGAAAGCUAAACAGGAAGAGGAGAUGAAAAGUCGCAAGAUGAAUCAGGACAAGAUGGAAGAAGAAGAAGAAGAAGAAGAAUAUUUACAUCAAGACUAUUCAAAGAAAUCAGAUGACUUGGAAGCUUGGGGUCCGAAAGAACCACCCAAACCGUUCUGGAUAAAGAAGGAAGAGGAAAAACAAUCGCAGCCAAUCGCGGCGAAUAAACCGAUUGAGUUGCCAAAACCGGAAGAAAUGCCGAAGCCACACAUGGGAUUCUGGACUAAACAGCAAGUGAAUAUGACAGUAAAGCCGCCUGAAAGUAAAUCAAUGGAAAAAGAGGAAGAAAGGGAUCGUGACAGAGAUCGUUAUAAAGACGAUCGCGAUCGCAAGUAUAGCAGAUAUGAAAGAAGAAGUCGACGAGAUAGAGAUAGAGAUAGGGAUAGGGAUCGUGAUCGGGAUCGUGAUUAUUAUGAUGAUCGUCGAAAAAGGGACAGAGACAGAGAUAGGGAUAGGGAUAGCAAUGAUUCUCCGAGGCGUGAUAGAAGUUGGCGCGACAGUCCCAAGAGAGGCUACGACAAGUAUGGCAAAGACAGGCGAGGAGAUGACAAUUCAUCAAAUGACGAAUCUAAAUUCGAUAAGAAAUCGAGUGAAUCAAAGUCGAAGAAAGGUGCCGUCCAAAGUAAAAAAUCCGCGCCACAAGUAGCAGCUAAAGGCAAGUUACCAUUCAUCGGCAGAUUACCCUUAUUCAAGAAGAAGGCUGAAGAACCAAAAUUACCAGAGAAAGACAUCGCUCCUUUGCCUUAUCAACAAAGUAAAUUCGAGGACACGCCAAAAGUGCCCAAUGAGAUCAUCAAUCCACCAGGUGUUGUGCAUAUUACUAAAUUAGCUACCCCGGUAAACUUAAAUAAUAACAGCAGCACUACGACUCCACUGGCGAGUAAGACUACUAGUCAGCCUAUGAAGAUUUUGGUGGCACCUCCACCGCCCGUUCUAAAUGAAAGCAAACCGACACAACAGGUGGUUGAUAUGGAGCUAGACGAUCAAUCUGAAGAAACAGUGAUAGAGGAACAACCGAUAGUGGACCAACAGAAACAGCAACAGCAGCAGCAACAAACUUCGAAUGUAUCAAAAUUACCAUUACCUCCACAUCCACCGCCACCAUUGAAUAGACCACCACCUAGUUUCACUCCAAGUCAACAGCAGCAAUCAACGAUACAGAAUAGACCGCCACCGGUGCAAAGUACACCACCGACACCGCAAUUUACGCCGAAUCGUCCACCACCGCCAUUUAUGUCAAAUCCACCGCCGUUUGUCCAGGCACCGCCGAGAUUCCCACCUCGUCAAGCUGUGCCACCUACUGCUUUCAUGACGCAGCCACCACCGAUACCGAACACAGGCUUUGUACAGAAUCAUCAAAAUCCACCGCCACCGCCAAUACCGUCAACAGUAGUAGAUUCGAGCGUCGUAGUGCCACCGCAUUCUGACGUGGCCGAUAUUCCGGAACCGUCGGAGAAACGUCCGGCAGACCCGAGUAUUCCAUUGCCGGAUGAUCUACAAGAGGCUCUUAACAUAAUUUUCCCGAAAGAGGAGAUAUCAGAGACCAAACAACAGCAACAACAACAGAAUCAACAGGAAUCUAACAUCAUGUAUUCUUCGAUGUACAGUAUGUUAGGUUGUGUAGGUUACGGUCCUGAAUACAUGGAUCAACCACCACCUGAAAUUAUGCAAGAGGCGGAAGCAGACACGCAACCCGGACCUGACGAUCUUCGCAUGCUGGGCAUUGAUGAAGGAGAUACAAUCUUGUAAAUCGCUCUAUAGAUUUGUACCGAUGUACGCCGCUCUCGUUAAUUCAGAAUAAUGUUAAACAUGAAGGAUUGGUUCACUAUAUUGAUCCGCUUAUCAAUAUAAUUCAUUUCGAUAAUAUAUGACAAGCGUUUAUAUAACUAUCGUUAAUAUAACUAUCUGUCACAUUAUUUUAAAUGUGAUGCAAAAGAAAAACAAGCAAUUACGAUCAAUAAUCUUAAAGUAUUGCGAGUGUAGUCAGCUAUGAAUCGCGAAUCGCGCAUAGAUCUGACAGCUUAAGCGACGUGCAUCUGUAAAGAUUACUUAAUGAUAUACAAUAGAAAACUUACGAAUCGUCUGCUAGAUAGUAACGUUUGUUAUGUCGUUAACAUAAUUACCUUUUUUUUAAAUAUAUUUUUCAGUUUUAUUUUGUCAAUUUGAUAUAUUAUUGCACAAUCAAUAUCACAUCUCAAUGAUCAGCAAUAGCAUCGAUUAACAUAUAAUUAUUUUGAAUGUCUCGUAUCUACACUUUAAUAAAGAUAAUAAAAAAUUUGUUGAAAAACGACAAACAUGACAACGUUAUCGAAUGUUAUCAGUGCAUACGUCAAAAAGAUAUAUGUAAUAUUAAUAAAAACCAUUUUACGUUGUAUAUCAACAUUAA